CGUUUCUCACAUUGCUUAACUGUGCUUAUCGCUUACAGCAUAUGGAGGAUGAUAUACAGCAGUUAUAUGUCAAGCAGCUCAAAGCUCAACUGUUAGAGAACACCCAUGAAGCAAUACAAAGCUUGAUUGCUCGAUACCCUGAUGAAUUUGACUUGCAAGCCCUCAUCCCGCUUCCUGAAAAUUCAUCAGAUAAUGAUAAAAACAAGAGCUUUCUCGAGUUAUACCAGAAUACCCUCGAGGAAUACAGAGAUAACGAUGUCGAUUUUGAUAUACAUUGGGUAAAUAAGGUUGUCCUGACUGUCAUAUUCCCCCCCAUAGCUCCAGCUAACAAAGCUGUACUCUAUAGCACUGGACGUUACCUUGGCGUCAGAACACGUCAUAUAAGAUUCUAGCAGAGAGUUACGGCCAAGAAACCGUCAUUACUGCCGCCAUUCCACGCUCUCGCAAAGCCAUUUCUCAAAUAUAUGAGGAUGGCCUGGAUCAAUACAUGCGGUGGUUCCCAUGGCGAUGGUUCUCGGACAUUACACUGAUUGGCGCUGGAGGUUUCUCUGCUGUCUACUUCGCUGUUCUCAAACCACCCUAUGAAGUUCAUGACAGCGUUGAGGACCGCAUCGUAGCCCUCAAGGUGGUGGACGACAAAAUUUUAAACGAGAUCGCCGUCCAGUCAAAGGCUUUCAACCCCGUACUCUUCCAAGGGAUAACCGUAUGUGAAUCUACCGGCGACAUGAUGAUGAUCAUGAAUUUGGCAGAGGGAGGUAAUCUGGAGGAUCAUAUCAAACGAGACCCACUGGCUGAUUCAGAAAUGGAAUCUAUCGUCAAUAUUGCUUUACGGCUGGCAAUAAGCUUAUCCAGUCUUCACGACGACAUUGGUUUCUGUCACAGAAACAUUCAUCCUCGAAAUAUCAUUCACGCCGAUUCAGAGUACUUUUUGGUGGACUACCGUUAUUCCACCCCAUGUGAAGAGGCCACGGCCAUCACCCGAGCAAGCAAGGCUCACUAUGGCAGAGUACCCUAUAUUGCUCCUGAGGUUCGAAGAGGACUAUAUACUACUCGCUCGGAUGUCUAUUCCAUGGGAAUUGUGCUUUGGCAGCUGGUCUCCAAGGUGUUAUUCCCUGCCUCAGAUGCUCUUUUGGAAGAUCCACAUAUUUAUCGAAUUGAACCUGUGCCUGGAGUACCAAAAUGGUUUGAGGCCUUAUACACAGCGUGUUUAGAGCCAACCCCUCAACAUCGACCCAACGCCACCGAGAUUUUAGCCACACUUACUCACUACAGCAAAAUCUCGGUGGACGAAGAAACUGACGAAAGGAAAAUGACAAAUUAUGUCGCCGAACGUCGUCUGGCCUGUCAAAAGCAUGAGGCUAAUCUAUAUCAGAAAUCAGGCGCUAAAAUACGACCUGUCACUGGUCUCUAUGUUCUGAGCAAACUUCCCUCGUUUGAAGAUCACAUCAAGCUAAGUUUUAAGCGCUCAAGGUAUAGAACCCCCAAUGCGAAAUGAUAGCGAUUAUUAUUGGUCAUAAUAUACAUAUGUACAUACUUUUUUUUGUUCUUUACCUCAUAACGAAAACGAAAAACAAGAAAUAAAAGCUAAGAAACGACACU